UGAGCAAGCGGUGUGGUGUGCACAGCGGCUGUCAUGGUUCGUCCGCUAAACUGUAUCGUCGCUGUGUCCCAGAACAUGGGCAUCGGCAAGAACGGGGACCUGCCCUGGCCGCCGCUCAGGAAUGAAUUCAAGUAUUUCCAAAGGAUGACCACAACCUCAUCCGUAGAAGGUAAACAGAAUUUGGUGAUUAUGGGUAGAAAGACAUGGUUCUCUAUUCCGGAGAAGAAUCGACCUUUAAAGGACAGAAUUAAUAUAGUUCUCAGUAGAGACCUCAAGGAACCUCCACAAGGAGCUCAUUUUCUUGCCAAAAGUCUGGAUGAUGCCUUAGAACUUACUGAGCAACCAGAAUUAGCACAUAAAGUGGACAUGGUUUGGGUAGUGGGAGGCAGUUCUGUUUAUAAGAUAAAUAAAGAAAUUGAUGCCUCUUGUGUUUUUUCAAAGGAAGCCAUGAACAGGCCAGGCCACGUUAGACUAUUUGUGACAAGGAUUAUGCAGGAGUUUGAAAGUGACACAUUUUUUCCAGAAAUUGAUUUGGAGAAAUAUAAACUUCUCCCAGAAUACCCAGGUGUUCUUUCUGAUAUCCAGGAGGAGAAAAGCAUUAAGUACAAAUUUGAAGUAUAUGAGAAGAACAAUUAAUGUGAAGGUGUUUUCUGGUUUAUUUCAAGUUAGUUGUUCCCCCUCCCCUCCAAUUACAUAUUUUUUUAAUAUUAGAAAAAAAGACUUUUGUGACUUUAGGUCAAUGGCUAAUUAUUUGUAAGCAAUGAGAUUUUAUAAAUUAAUCUUAAGUAGACUAUAGUUAAAAUUAGUCUUAACUAUUCCAUAUCAGAUAACCAUUUAUGAAACCUUUUUUGCUAUAGCUGUAUG